AUGAAGUUCCUCCCACUCUUCGUCACUCUUGCCACAACUGCAAACGCACAUUCAAUUUUCCAACGGCUAGCUGUUGACGGCGUAGACCAGGGCCAACUGAAGGGAGUUCGCGCGCCAGAAGACGACAGCCCGAUUACCAACCUCAACGAUGCCAACUUUGCCUGCAACAAGAACCUCGUCUUCUUAGAUAAGUCUGUCAUCGCGGUUCCCGCCGGCGCCAGCGUUGGUGCUUGGUGGGGACACGGCAUGGCUGAUGCGAUAGUUCCAGGCGACGUGGACCAUCCUAUUGCAGAAAGCCACAAAGGUCCCAUUAUGGCGUACCUUGCCAAGGUAGACAGUGCGGCGACAGCCUCACCUACUGGGCUGAGGUGGUUCAAGAUCGCAGAGAGCGGUCUUCAGAAUAACCGGUGGGCGAUUGAUGAUCUAAGGGCUGAUGAGGGGUGGUUCAACUUCACGAUGCCUUCGUGCGUUGCGUCUGGAGACUACCUCAUGAGAGUUGAGAUCAUCGCGUUGCACGAAGCAUUUGAGGCGAUGAAACAACCUCAAUUUUACAUGGAAUGUGCACAAAUUCAUGUCAAAGGAUCCGGUACGAAUAGGGGCGUAGACUUUGCCGAAUUCCCGGGGACAUAUCAGCUCGAGAAUCCAGGCCUUGUCUUCAACAUUUACGAUGAUAACGGUGGAUAUGAUCCUACUGGAAAGACAUAUUCGAUUCCUGGGCCCAAAGUUUUGAGUUGCUGA